CAAAAAGCUGACGUACUCGGGAAAAAGUUUUAAAAUAAUUAAGGAAUUUAACUUCCAUCAAGCUCAGCCGAUUAGUUAUAAUGUAACAUAGUGCAACAAGAUACGUGUUAGUCUUUAAUUUUGCGUUUAGCUCGAUACGAUUUCGAUUUCCCAACCGAAAGUAUGUUGAAAAAUUGUUGCUGCUCAGCAUAGAAAGAGAAUAACAGUGGUGUAAAAAGAGUGUAUGUGUGUGUGCGUGUGCGUACGUGUGUAUGGGCAGGCAAAUUGUUGAUAAAUCCACAUAAGUGCAAUAACGGGAAACGAUAACAGCUGUCAAACGUAAGGAUACGACGAUAAAUGCAAAACUAAAAAUUACGCGCAUCUCUUCUGCUGAGCUAUAACAAUUCGUCAACAGUAACAUAGACAGCAACAGCUGUGUGUGCGUGCGUGACUGCGUUAGUGUGUGUGCGUGUGUGUGUGUGUUGUCGCUGAUUUUGUUAGCUGUUUGUCACCGGACGUAACAAAAUAUUGAGCCGUCGAGCAAAACACAUGAUGUGGUCGUUCUUCUCGCGCGACUCCUCCAAAGAUUUUCCAUAUGACAUUGGCGAACCAGUCGCUGGCUUCGACAACUAUUCCAUAUGGACACUGCACAAGGCCAAGCGCAAGACCACCCUCGAGGAGGUGUCCGUUUUCGUUUAUGAUAUACGCAGCGGCUCCGAUACAAAAUGUGAACUGGCCAAGGCAUCACUGAAGCGUCUCAAAACGUUGCGUCACCCAAGCAUCUUACAAUAUCUGGACUCGCUGGAAACGGACAAGAUGUUGUAUGUAGCCACCGAGGCGGUGGAUCCAUUGGGCACAUAUUUCACGAAACUAGCCACAGACAAUGUACAGAAGGGCCUCUAUCUCGCCUGGGGCAUCUUUCAAAUAACGCGUGCUCUCUCCUUUCUCAAUAACGAUGGCAAUUUGCGGCACAACAAUGUAUCCGCCUGGUCAGUGUUUGUCAAUGCAUCCGGCGAAUGGAAACUUGGCAGCUUGGAGUAUGUCGCUGCUGCCGAUGGCAAUCCAAUGCCACCAGUUAAAAUACCCGUCACACUGGAGGUCUACGAUGCGCCCGAGAAGAAUGAUCAGAGCAAGCUCAAAGCAGCAACCAAAUGCUCUGUGGACAUGUGGGGCCUUGGCUGUCUCGUAUGGGAGGCCUUCAAUGGCGUGCUGAAGCAACGUUCCAAUCUCAAAGACAUUGAGCACAUACCCAAAUCGCUGCAAUCGCUUUAUUGUGAGCUGGUCGGCGCAUCGCCGUCGAAUCGACCAAAUCCGGCGGAUAUUAUAACGCGCUGUCGCAAGCCAGGCGGUUUCUUUAAGAAUGAUUUGGUGGACACGCUGCUGUUUUUGGAGGAAAUCCAGAUCAAGGACAAGGCGGAGAAAAAUCGUUUCUUUAGCGGUCUAACGACGCAUCUGGAGAACUUUCCCGAUAAUGUUUGUAGACAUAAAAUACUUCCACAACUGAUAACGGCUUACGAGUAUGGCGAUGCGGGUUCCGCCGUGCUGGCGCCCAUGUUUAAGCUGGGCAAACUACUGGAUGAGCUGGAGUAUCAGAAGCGAAUUGUGCCGUGCGUGGUGAAGCUGUUUGCGUCAACGGAUCGCGUGACUCGCUCUCGUUUGUUGCAGCAAUUGGAUUUGUUUAUUGCACAUCUACAGCCUCCUGUGGUCAACGAUCAGAUAUUUCCGCAAGUGGCGCAUGGUUUCCUGGACACAAACGCCACCAUACGCGAGCAGACGGUCAAGUCCAUCAUCCAUUUGGCGCCGAAGCUCAACUAUAACAAUUUGAAUGUGGAGGUGCUGCGUCAUUUUGCGCGCUUGCAGGCGCGUGAUGAUCAGGGUGGCAUACGCACCAAUACCACAGUGUGCUUGGGCAAAAUUGCGCCACAUUUGCAUCCGCAGGUGCGACAACGUGUUCUUGUCUCGGCAUUUAUACGCGCAAUGCGAGAUCCGUUUCCGCCGGCACGUGUUGCCGGCGUCCUGGCCCUGGCGGCCACACAGCAAUAUUUUUUGCUCAGUGAGGUGGCCAAUCGUGUCUUACCAUCGUUGUGUUCGCUAACUGUCGAUCCAGAGAAAACAGUACGCGAACCGGCCUUUAAAACAAUACGUGGCUUCCUCGGCAAACUCGAAAAGGUCUCUGAGGAUCCAAGUCUGCGCGAAACAAUGGAGGCGGAUGUUCAUACGGCCACGCCUUCGAUUGGCAAUGCGGCUGCCACCUGGGCGGGCUGGGCCGUGACAGCGGUGACGGCAAAGUUCUAUCGCAGCCAAAGCGAUUCUUCCAGACCGCGGCCGCCCUUAACGGGUCGUAAUCUCUCCAAGCCAGCGUCAUUGGAACAACCUUCGAGCAGCAGCCUGUCGACGACAACAAGCAGUGUCACCUCAAUGACAUCCUUGGAGCACGAAAGUAAUGAUACCUCAGCCUCGGCAUCGGACUACGGCAACAACGAUUGGGACAAUGAGAACUGGGGUGAAAUGGAUACUUCACAGGAUCCGAGCAGUCCGCUGGUUGCCACCUCCAACAAUGGUCAACUGGUGGCAACUAAUGCGAUUAGCGAAGCGCGCGACGGCUGGGAUAAUGAGGAAUGGGGCAGCCUGGAAGAGGAUCCGUGCGAGGAGGAGGAGCAAGCGGAGCAGGAGCAACAACAGCAACAGUUGGCCCGACAAUCGAUAUCCUCAACGACAUCAUCCAGCCAGCAGCAACAGCAUCAGCGACCGCAUCAGCAUCAACAGCAGCUGCAGCAGCACGAGUUAAAUGAUCUGAUCGAACCGCUUGCCAAGCUCAAUUCACACAUCACCUUAUCGCCGUCGAGACAACAACAGCAACAACAACAACAGUCAACGCUGCGACCAAAGGAGCUGGCAAAUCUCUCGAGCAGCGCCACCACAUCUCCCACAACGCCAGGUGCAUUGACCAAUUGCAAUAAUAUAAGCCCGCCAUCAUCGCACAUGAAUAAUACGACGCAUAAUGCCAAUUGGAAUAGCGAUUCCUGGGCCGAUGGCGAAUUCGAGCCAAUCGAUGAGCCGGGCUUAGGCAACAGCAAAAUAGAUGAGGCGCGUCGCAAGCGCGAGGAGAAGAAGCUGCAACGUCAGCGGGAAUUGGAGGCGCGACGAGCGCAACGCGCCACUGGCCCAUUGAAAUUGGGGACUAAAAAGCUUUAAAAGGAUUUACAAAAUGAAUCGUGCAAAAGUGCUUUUGCAGUUCAUAGCAUAUUGUAUAUUUAUUAGAACUUAUUCCAAAACAAAAAAAAAGAAAAGAAACAACUAUAAGCCUAAAGUGUAUGCAUGUAUUUGUAUAUCUGUGUGUGUGUGUGUGUGUGUGUGUGUGUGCGUGUGUGAGUGUAUAUCUGUGUAUGUGUAUGCGAGUAUGCAUUGAAUGCAAUCUCGCAAACGUCUUAAGUCUCCAUUUCGAUUUUUUGCCCAUAGGCGCAUUUAAAGUUCAUAAAGCAGGCACUAUUUAAUUUAAGCAUUGAUAUUGUCUAAAUUCUCGCUAGCCUAAUACAUAAUAAUGUGUAAACACACACAGAGUCUAAACUAAAAAAAAAAGGGAAAAAAACAAAAACAAAAGCUUAGUUAACAGAAGAACAGAUGAAACUAACUGAAAAUAAACCACAAAAACUAGCUAGUAAAUUAUUUGAAAUUUAUUCAUCAUUAAGCCAAUAACUAAUGGGAUAAUGACUAAUCGAUGUGAAAUGAAAGUUGAUAUAUGGUGUAUAUUCUUGCAGAUACUUUUACGAUUUAUCAAGUUCUUAGGUGUUUAAAUGUAUUUUGGAUAUGUGUCAAGGAUUUAGCUAAGAAUGCUUUGCAGUUAAUAGAUUGAAGACAUAGUGUGGAUCAACCUGCUAAUCUCCAAACUCGUUGUAUAUCUAUGUGUGAUUUACUACAAACUCCAUUUCGAAUGGUCUGCCAUGUGUGCUUGUGUAUAUGUGUGUGUGUUUGUGUGUGUGUGCGUGCGUGUGUGCAACAGAUCCUUUAAUUAUUUGCUCAGCCAUUUUCAGAAUUAAAAACGAAACGAUAUUAGUAUUCCAGAUUUGACUUUCUAGGAGCGCUGUAAAAAUAAAAUUUAAAACCAACAUUUUUGCUGUGCAAAUUGCAGCAAA